AUGUCAACCACCGGAAACUCCUCAAAUGAAACUCCAAAUCAGGCAGAGAAAAGUGCCUCCCCGGCAAACAGUGGCAGUGGAACCGCGAAUAUCUCGGACACUAUUGUGCAGGUGGGAGCGAGUGUCAAAGCCCCGACACCUUCUGCCAGUUGCCCUGCAAUACCCGCCUUCAUUUCGAAAGGUACAACGAAAGACCCUGCCCAAACCCAGCCACAGAACGCAAAUAAUGGAUCCAGUGCCACCCAGCUUCCGUUCUCCGUGAUGCAUGUUGCACCUACUACCGCAACCGUGACUGUCGCACCUGUCCAGGCAAGCACUCAACCGGUCACGUCAUCCACAACCAUAAAGUCUGUCGUGAGCAACCUGCCUCCAACGGUGGUCAUGAUAACCACGGGACUGAGACCAAUUUCUCCAAUGGUUGCGGGACCGAGAGUGAGCUCUCCAACGGUGACCAUGAGCGCACAGCCACCGGCGCGCAUGAGCUCUCCUUUGGGACCAGCGGUGACUCGAGUUGCCACAGCGACCCAGGCACCGGGGAAGGCUGCAGUGAUAGCUAUACCAAGACCAACAACUUUUCAGCAACCAGCUGCAUCGAUCAGACCCCCACAGACCACGUCUGUCCAGCUUCCAGCCAACUUUCAUAUCCCGCCAGGCAUGGUGCUCAUCCGUAGUGACAGUGGCCAACUGAUGCUGGUGUCCCAACAAGCUUUGGCUGCAGCCCAGGGCCUCGCAGCCAGAACUCCUGGCACUGGGACCUCUCCUAGCCCUAGGCCACCAACCACACAGGUGUCUGCAGCGACUGUCGUGAGAAAAGCUGAGAAUCCAGGUGUGAUCAGAGUGCCUCCUCCUCCUAGCCCCCAUGUGACCACAGCACAGAGUACACCCAUGGUUAAGGUCGUAGGGGCUGCUCCGACCCCUCCUGCAGGCCAGAUCCAGAUCCCCAGGCCUAUGAUCCGCCCAGUGGCCCCUGUCACAGUCACCCGUUCUCCUGGCCCUGGUCCUGUCAUCAUCCCAACCAAACCCACCAACAUCCCAACCAAACCCACCAACACCCCCAGGGCCACACCGCCCACCAUCACACCUGAGGUCCUGGAGAAUGUGAAGAAGUGUAAGAACUUCCUAGUGACGCUGAUCAAGCUGGCCUCUAGUGGAACCCACUCUGCUGACAUGGCCAAGAACGUCCGAGAACUCGUCAAGAGCCUGCUGGAUGGGAGACUUGAACCUGAGGAGUUCACUGACCAACUCUACCGUGAGCUCAAGUCUUCUCCCCAGCCCUACCUGGUACCCUUUCUCAAGAAAAGUCUCCCAGCUGUGCGGCAGCUCACCCCCAACCCACAGCUCUUCAUCCAGGAGGUUGACCAACCGAAGCCACCGGCUCCAGCCACCUCCAAGGCCCCGGCCUCCAAAGCCCCGGCCCCCACUGCAGGCCGCACCCCUACACUCCUCUCCACCAACUCUAGGCCUGCCCACCUCAGCGCUGCUAGUGGCCAGUCAAUCAAAUCCACCCAGCUAGUGAUCCAGCAGCCUAGAGGUGUGGUGUAUAAGCCUGCUGUGACAAACCCCGCCCCGGCCCGUACAUACCUGUCUGUUCAGAACAGGAGCCUGGCCAAACCUAUGGUCAUACAGUCAGGACAGUAUUACAACACUGUCCCCCUAGGUGCUGUUGUCAGGCGGACUCCAUUCCUUGUCCCACCGCCUCCAGCCCAGAGACACGCCUUCAAGGACAGUGUUGGUUCUUUCAGGGAGGAGGAUGACAUCAACGAUGUGGCCUCCAUGGCUGGGGUCAACGUGAGCGAGGAGAAUGCUCGUAUCCUAGCAACCAACUCUGGGCUCGUGGGCUCUGUGGAGCGAUCCUGUCAGGACAAACCCUUCUUGUCCCCAGCCCCGCUGCUCACACACAUCCUCCACACUGGUGAGAAGUUUGGAGUGUCCGAGGUGGGGUCAGACGUGGUCAGUCUGGUGUCUCACGCCACACAGGAGCGUCUCAGAGAUCUGCUGGAGAAAGUCACAGUGGUGGCACAGCAUCGCAAGAUUGCCCUCAAGGAGGACUACAGUCACGUUCAGACCAGUGAUGUGCGUUCCCAGCUCCACUUCCUGGAAGAGCUGGAACGUCUGGAGAAGCAGAGGAGAGACGACGAGGAGAGGGAGACCCUGCUCCGCGUCGCCAGGAGUCGCUGUAACACCGAUGACCCAGACCAGCAACUACUGAAACAACGGGCCAAAGAGCUCCAGCAGUUGGAGCAGGCUCAGCUGCAGCACAGAGAAGCCAACCUCACUGCCCUGGCUGCCAUCGGGCCUCGCAGGAAGAGACCACUGGGCUCCAAUGGAAACCAGGUGGGGCCAGGUGGCAUUAUGUCAGUACUACAGAGGGCUGGGGUUCAGAGAGUGACUGGGGUCUCUCUGAGGGACCUACUCUUCUGUCUGGAACAGGACCCUCCUCUACGACACUCUCUCACUCUCUACAAGGGCCUGCUCAGAUAGUAUCUCUCACACACAAAUUAUCAGUCUCUCCCCCACUGUUUGUGACAGAUUCUGUGUGCCUUACCACUCUUUCAGAUGUAUAUUAUAUUUAUUUUGAUAUUUUUAUUUUAUUGAUAUUUUUGUUAUGUAUUUUAUUUUCUAACAAUUUGUAGCACAAUCAGCAAUGUAACUGAAUUCUGCUGAUUCAUGCUGAGAGAGAAAAGAUUGUAGUCCGGUUGGCAGGACCAAACAUUUUUAUAUUACACUUUUUGAGAAGGGCAACUCUGUGAGAGAAGAGGUCAUACCAGUAGAAGUCAGCUCUGUUACAGUCUAAAGCAGUGACCCUCUGCCCUAAGUGUGAUUCAGAGUGUUCUGUGGUGAGGUCAUUGACUCUUCCUUGUUUUUCUGUUUCAUGCUAAUAAUAUCAUUCUUUACUUUG